UGUCGGGAAAGUUAUUUAUCGUCGUUGCCUUGUAAACAUUGACAACUGUAGGUGGCGUACAUAUAACAUAGCUUUUAAUGUACUAACGAACAGCUGUUCAACAAACUAAUUAUCCCAAGAGAAAGAAGGCGUGGGUAUGAUCUGCCUGGCCAGUGAAAGGCUGUGCCCCCCUCCCCCCCCAGUAGCUGUCACCACGGCGGGGGACAUCAGGACCUCCAUCUGCAGGGUGGUCAUCUACCUUCAGAGGGACAUGUCCGGGGACAGCUGCCAGCUCCCCCUGCACUGGCUAUGCCUCCAAACCCAGGUCAUCUCCACUGGCUCCCAAGCCAUUAGACCUUCCCAUGAAGGUAUACAUGGAACAGUGGGCAAUCAGGGCAGCUAUGCCUCCCAGAUGGCGUGUCCCAAGACCAAGACGUGCAGCUACAGAGCGGCGGUGUGCCUGGGUAACAAGUAUGUGCGUCUAAACGUAGGGGGGACCCUGUUCUACACCACGCUGCAGGUGCUCACCAGGCAGGACUCCAUGCUGAAGGCCAAUGCCCCCCCCCCACAAUGCAGCAGCAACACACAUAGAAUGGGAAUGGAACCUCUAACCCAGGACCAGAAGGAGCAGUCUCUGUGUGUAAUCCCUGUUGUCACCUCUGCCAAGGAGGAAGAGAGACUGAUCCAGGCCUGCACCAUGCCUGUGGUGAAGCUGCUGUACAAAAGAAGCAACAACAAGUACUCCUAUACUAGUAAUUCAGACGACAACCUGUUGAAGAACAUUGAGCUGUUUGACAAGCUGUCGCUGAGCUACAAUGGCCGUGUUCUCUUCAUCAAGGCCAUGAUCGGCGACGAGAUCUGCUGCUGGUCGUUCUACGGACAGGGACGCAAACUGGCAGAGGUCUGCUGCACAUCCAUAGUCUACGUCACAGAGAAAAAACAGGUGGAGUUUCCAGAGGCCAGGAUCUACGAGGAGACUCUGAACGCUUUGCUUUAUGAGACACUUCCUGUCCCUGACGACUCCCUAUUGGAGGCCACACGCCGUCGACACGCCCACAGCCACACCCACUGUGGUUUCCACAGCGAGGAGGAGGAAGGCCCCACCCACUCUGGGGUAUAGCACCUACGACGACCGGCCUCUGGGACACUAAGGAUGCGUCUCAAAUUGCACCCUAUUCCCUAUAUGGUGCACUACUUUUGACACGGGCUCUAUAUAGGAAAUAGGGGCCCAUAGGGCUCUAUAUAGGAAAUAGGGGCCCAUAAGGCUCUAUAUAGGAAAUAAGGGCCCAUAGGGCUCUGGUCAAAUGUAGAGAAUAAUGUGCAGUUUUUGACGAAGCCUAUCUAACCACAGAGGAGGAAACUGGUUCCCUACUGCCCUGCCCGCUGGGACACUAAGUUAUACGUCUCAAUAUGACGCACUAUGUAGUGCACUACCAUUCGAACCCUCAUCUCCCUGUCAGUCACCUCUCAGUGAGAGCCUCAAAAUGUAUUUAAUGAUUCAUCCAACCUAACUCUGCACUAAUUACUGUUACUCUGCAGCCAUUGGUGAGAGUGAGUGAUGGCUCCCAAAAGGCACCCUAGUCCCCAUCCUAUACCCAUAAGGCUCUGUUCAAAAGUAGUGUAUAAGGGGAAAAGGGUGCCAUCUAACCACUCCUUACUGACCAGCCACUGGGACACUAAAGGCGUCAGUAUGCUUCCCAUCCAAAACUGUUCAGAAACAGUUUGUGUAUAAUAUUAUAAUGAUAUUUUAAGAUUUUUUUUUGUUUGUUUUGGUCUUAGUCAAGUUUCUUUUUUUUCAGCUGUUCGUGCAAACACAAACACAAACACAAACACAAACACAAACACAAACACAAAAUCCUUGAGGCCGAAAUCUGUAGCUGAAGUCGACCCCUUUUUGUCGGUGAUUGGUCAACAGUAGGGAUUCUUCAAUUAAGUUUUUUUUUUUAUUGUCGUUCAACAAGAAGACGACUAGUUUUCAUGCACAUUUUAUCACUUGAGAAAUCCUGCACCAAACCUCUUAGUUAGAUGUAAAAUUGUGCGUCUAAGAUCUCUGCAAAACUUUAAAAUGAAUGACAGAUUUCAUAAGUUAUCUCAGAUGAAUUCUGACUAUUUUGAGGAAGUGUAUUCUGGCUGCGGCAUCUCAAUAUAGACAAACAGUACUAUUGCCACUUUUUUUCACAUUUUUCAAGGGAGUAUGUGAGCACACUUGUUUGCCUACGGCUAGGCGCCAGCCGAACUGUAGCUAGCUGACGCCUUCAGGAUGUGUCCCAUCUAACCACAGAGGAGGAAACUGGUUCCCUCUGGCUCUUCACUGAAUCACUACACCCACCACUGAAGCACUGGUGGUGUUGGCCCCAAAAUGGCCUUGGGCACAAAAUGGCUGCCAAGCUGCAUCACCCUGGUGCCUGACAGACUUUGUCGAUGGAAAACUCGUGAUUUAAAAUGUUGAGGUGCUUAUGCUGUUUCUUCAUGGUUUUAUAUAGAACUCUCUUCUUCACAAAACAAUCAAAUCUGUGUUCAUACAAUCAAAAUUGCAACUUCAAAUCAGCGAAGGUGAAGGGGAGAAGACCGGUUAAAGAUCGAUUUUUAAACCUUGACACAAUUGAGACAUGGAUUGUGUAUAUGUGCCAUUCAGAGGGUGAAUGGCCAAGACAAAAUAUUGAAGUGCCUUUGAACGGGGUAUGGUAGCAGG